AUGAACAUAACAUUCCAGUUCUGGAAUGAUUCGUCGUUCGAGUCCUACAACCCGCAAGCGCAACAAACUCUGUACCAGAGCCUCCUGCAGAAUCCGCGCCCUGACGAGGUCGAUCUGCCACAGUCCCCUUAUGUGAUCUCCAACUUCAACAAGGUGGAGCACGGAGGAGCAUCGCAGAGGAACAAGAAGAGUGGCUUCAAUCGGUGGGUCAGGAUCCGACCACCCUAUCUGCUCCCCGGAGCCCAGCCCUCUGCCGCUGCCUUUGCCCUUCCGCGUGACCUUCGCUUCUGCUUCGAGGAGGGGAGAGAUGGCUCACAGUUGGUGCCCUUUUCCGAGGAGCUGCAAAGCGAGCUGAAGCGAUUUCUUGCCUCGAGCCCUCGCCCUUCGGAGGUCUACUUCGUGGCGAAGCAUUCCCCAUACUUGCUGUCGGGAAUGGACCAGAUACAGGACCUCCAGAGCGACUCGCUUGCACAGGUCAAUCUGAAGACUGGCUUCGUGCGGAGGGUGAGGAUCACGACGGGUCCUAUCCCACGCGUGCCACAGCGGCCGUACGGAGGAGCAGCUUCCAGCCAUGUCCCGCCGGCCUUCUCCGGCACAGCGUCCGGAGGUAGGAGCUUUCAGAAGCGAAGCUUCCACCCUCCAACUCCUGCCAGGGCCAAUUCCAACUGCUCCUUCUCUGUGUCUUCUGCGGCUUUCUUCUGCACCGUCGACGGGAGGAGAGAAAGGUUGAAUGAGGCUGCCUCGAGGCUCCUCCUGAGGCAGUGGAUAGCAGCAGAAAGACCUUCAGAGGUGGAUCUUAAGGAGGACGGCGUUGUCGAGAACUUUGAGGUCUUGGAGCAAGGCAGAGCCACUCUGAGAAAACGAGGCAGAAAAACUCGGCUUGAGGUGAAACUACCGGAGCCUUCCUCGGGAACUUUGAGGCUGCCAGAGGACUUGGACGAGGCUGAGGCGCUUGACAUGAUGUUGACGGGCAAGGCCUUAACAGACCAG